UUACAGGAUUGCUCAAUGGUUGUGUCACCAGGAGGCUGGACUGGUCGGGCGGAGUGUUUGAGCUCAGAGCUCAACAUCACCGGAGCUCACUCACUCUCUGCCUCUCUGGGUGUGAGGCGGUCUCCGUUUCUCUCUCUCUCUCUCUCUCUCCCUCUCUCUCUCUCCCUUCCUCGGUCCCUCUCUCACUUUCAGUCUGGACUCUGGGAGAUCGGGAUUUUCUCACCAAAAGUACACAGACCUCAGAGCCACGGGCAUCCACUCUCUACAAGGACGUGUGUUGGAUUGUUACCGUCACUGAAACCGCUGAAGUUUCAUUUAUAUCUCAACUACAAUGUGUCUCACGCGGAGAAAUGGGGCGCGCUGUCUGUAGUUUAUUUUAAGCAUCAAAGGACACAUCCUAGCCAAGUCAGGGUCUCGUUUGUUGCCGUCAUGGUAAAUCGGUCUAUCAGGACGAACAUGCAGUGGGGCAGCCCGGCACCCUGCAUCCGCACCGCCCGGGUCGCGCACAAGCGGCUGGACUCGGACGACCAUCCGCCGGCGAAAUGCGCCAGGCUGAGCGCAGAGGCAGGGGACCCGCAGGGUCUCCUCGGCGCCUCUCCCGGGUCCCCGGUCAGCCCCGUCUCGAACCCUCCCCCGGCCACCCACCAGGGACCGUCCAGGAUAGGACCCUUUCUGCUUCUACCUCUGGCGGACCGGGAGAGCAUGCACACCGCGAUGGACACCGACACUGGCGAUGAGCUACUGUGCAAGGUCUUCGAUAUGGGGCUAUACCAGGAAAAGAUCAGAGCCUACGGGAUCCUACCUGCCCACAAGAAUGUGGCCGGUAUCAGGGACAUCAUCCUUGGCGAAUGCAAGGCCUACGUGUUCCUGGACAAAGACUUUGGGGACAUGCACACCUUGGUUAAGAGCUGUCGCAGGCUGGAUGAGGAGCACGCCUGCAGGCUCUUCCGUCAGGUGGCUCUGGCUGUGGUGCACUGUCACCAGGCCGGGAUCGUGCUGGGUGACCUCAAACUGCGCAAGUUUGUCUUCACCGAUGAGAAAAGGACACAGGUGAGGCUAGAAAGUCUCGAGGACUGUCGUGUCCUGGAGGACCCAAACAACGACUCCAUGUCAGACACCCAUGGCUGCCCCGCUUACGUCAGCCCAGAGAUCCUCAGCGGCUCUGCGCCUUACUCCGGCAAGAUGGCCGACAUGUGGAGCCUGGGGGUCAUGCUGUACACCAUGCUGGUUGGCCGUUACCCCUUCCACGACUCGGACCCGGCCACGCUGUUUUCCAAAAUCCGCAGAGGCCAGUGCUGUUUGCCAGAGGGCUUGUCGCCCAAGGCCAAGUGUCUGCUCCAGAGUCUGCUGAGGAAAGAACCCUGGGAGAGACUCACGGCGACUGAGCUGCUCGCUCACCCGUGGUUCCACCAGCCGCCAUUGUCACAGGAAGCGGUGCUGGGUGAACAGGAAGUGAGCUCAGCGGAACAGAUGGUGCCAUCCUUUGACGUGGAAGAAGACGAUAAUGUGUUCUGCUGACAGACUUGAUUCAGCUAAGUCUGGCUGAGGGACCAAUAAGAAAAUUACUAUGAGGGAUUCAUUGUUGUUUUUUUACAUUGGCACUUUUUAGAAACUCAUUUGUCUACUGUUGUGUGUACAUACACCCUCAAGCUUUCUACAAAAACUAACUGUACUGUAUUUUGUUGUCGUAUAUGUGUUACUUGCUAAGGGCAUUGCUCACAAUGGUCAUUCAUUGUGUUUCUAUAUGUGCGUUUUUGAAAUCAUUUGGUGCUAAAGGAAAUAACAAGGACUCAAAACUUGCCAGAUUAUGUUAACAAAAUAAUCUCUGCAGGCUACUACGAGUGAAUCAUAGAAAUUUGACUCGUGGCAAACAGUAGUCACCAAUGCUUUCUCUCGGCCUGGACUCAUAAGGCUUCAUGGGCAAUAGAUGAAGAUGGUGAUGUUCCUCUCACUCUCUGACCAGACUGGAGGCUUCACUGGCUGACUCACCGACCGGCUCGAGGAAGGCCUAGCACAAGCUCGAAGUCUCACAGCAGCCAGUGACAUAGAUUGAGAAAAGAAGACGAGC